AUAUUUAGUAUUUACUUCCGGUGGCGAAAUAUAUUUUUUGCCAGAUGAAACUGGAUUUUUAUGUUUAUCUGUAAUUUAAUAGGAAAACUUAAGUUUAUACUUGAAAUAUACGCUCUUCACUUUGUUUGAUAUUAUAUAGAUUUAUAUAUUUAAGCAUGUCACAUAACGUAAAGCAACCAACAGGCCAGAAACGUUUGACCAAUGUGGCGAUUGUUCGGCUUAAGAAAGGUGGCAAGCGAUUUGAGAUAGCCAGCUAUCCAAAUAAAGUCGUUUCGUGGAGAAAUAAAGUGGAGACAGAUAUUGAUGAGGUCCUACAAACGCACACAGUCUUCACGAAUGUCAGCAAGGGGGAGGUUGCAAAAGCUGCAGACUUAAAGAGCGUCUUUGGCACAGAUAAUCAGUCAGAGAUCUGUCUGCAGAUUCUUGCGAAAGGAGAAUUGCAGGUUUCUGAAAAGGAAAGGCACGCCCAGCAGGAAUCAAUGUUUCGUGAUAUUGCAACAAUUGUCGCUGACAAGUGUGUAAAUCCUGAGACAAAACGUCCUUACACUGUAACCAUGAUAGAAAAGGCAAUGAAGGAUUUGCACUUCUCAGUGAAGCCAACCAGAAACUCGAAACAACAGGCGCUGGAUGUGAUCAAGAGCUUUUCGGACGGGAAAGUCAUUCAGAUCCAGCGUGCUUACAUGCGUAUCAAAGUCCGAGUGCCCAUUAAAGAGGGGGGAAAGAAAAUACAAACCAAACUGCGAAAGGUUGCCAAGAAAGUGGAGCAUGAUGAAUUUGAUGAUGAAGAACUAGAGAUGGUUAUCCUGAUUGAUCCUGGAUCAUUUCGCGAAGUUGAAGAACUGGUACGUGAGGGCACGAAAGGUCGAGCACAGAUUGAAGUCCUGAGCCUGAAGGAUGUGACGGAGGGUGAUGAAUUAUUGGAAUGACCUGAACACUCGAGCUUCAAUGCCUUAAGCCCCACAGCUUAGAGAUGAAUCUAACCAGGUUCUAAACCUGUAUACACCAACGAUUAUAAGACUUAAGUCUAAGAAUAAAGAAUAUUCUUUUAAUUGGUAUAUUCAAGAACAGCUUUACUUAAAAGUCGAACUCAGCAUUCAACACCUCCAUCUACAUCAUUCUUUGUGUAGGACUCUUAGAAAAUGACACAAUAACUAUUGGAAGCCUGUAUAUAUUCAAACAUUGGAUAUAUUUGUACUUAGUUAUAAGUCCUUUCUUUGUUCUAAAGUCUUAAAAUGAGUUGGUGAAUUAGGCCUUGAUGUAUUUGUUUGGGUUGGAGGGUUUGUGUUCCUGAAAUUUAAGUUUUUGAAUUUUUAUUUGUCUCGCAGGAGAAAAAAAAGAUAGAAAGGUGCUUAUCUGUUGUACUUUAUGAUUUGAGGGUACAUUAGGGUUGAUAUUGCAUGGUUUGUUGCACGGCAGGGCGAGAAAUAGUAUAAUACAUGUACAAGUGUCUUUAUGCAUUAAGUUAUGUUUUCUGAUAUAAUUUAUACAAUAUUCUUACCUAAAAUGUUGUAAUAAAUCCAUAUUAUAUACUACUCAAAAUUUGCUAAGGAUCACUUUUUAUAGUAUGUGUAAUUUGAAGUUCACCCCUAGCUAGAUUCAGCCAGCGUCACGCAUCAUUGAUAAAACUAUACAUAAUAAUAAAAUCAAAAACACACAUUCUAAUAUCAAAACCUGCAAAUUAACAAUUUAAAUUAAAUUAAAUUGAAGAUAAUGUGAAAAUCAAAAGUGAUCCUUAGCAAAUUUUGAGUAGUAUAUAUUUAAACAGAAAAUUAAGGAUUAACUUGUGUGAAAACCCCAAUGGCAAUUUGAAUGAUGCAUACAAAAAUAUUGUUUCUGUAAAUAAUACAUUAAAAUAUGGUAAGCUAUGUAAAAAUAAUCAACAAGAAAAUAUGAAGAUCUUUUAUUUAUUGUUGUAUUUCUACAUGCUGCUUUAUGCAACAGUGCUUUAUAAAUUGUGCUGAAAUGUUCUAUAUAUUGUAAAACUUUGUUGUGCAUAAACAAAUCAAAAUGUGCAAAUAACUUUCGUUUCAUGGAUGUACAUUACAUAAAGUAUGUUUCAUCAAGAAACACAUUUAUCUUUUUCUUUAAUUAGAUAUUUGUUCAUAUACUCAUUUGUGAACAUGUAUGUUAUUGUAUGUAAUCAUGGUAUUAUCUGUUAUGCCAAUAAUUGCAAUUUUUGUAAUUUAUUAUGAACACGUAUUACGGAUAUUUAUUUUUUACAUGAAGACAAAUAAAGUACCUGUUAACCAUAUGUUUUACUUUCCACAAAGAAAAGUACACACCUUUGUUUGUUUUAAGUUUAGAUCAUUUUUCUAAUAAGUUUGCCAUGUUAGCUACGUAACCUCCGUUUGAAGCUUAUGGUAUACAAGAAUUGUAUAGGUAUGUUUUAAACUUUUAUGUAUGUGCUUGUGUUUUUCUGAACUAAGGAUUGUGGAUUUGUAGAACAUAUAUUUAAUGUCAAGUUUGUAUCUUUGCUGUGAUGAAAUUGACAAGCUUACUGUGGAUUUAUUAUAUUGUGUUGACAUGAAAUUUCGCGCACAUGUAAAUACAAUAAAUUAAGCGUAUUAAUUAAGCUAUAGGUUGUGUAUCAUUGAGCACAUCUGAGGAGGACAUGCUCCAGAUGCGAUAUUGUGAUCACCCAAUGUCCAGGGUCUGUCAGCAUGCUGUGUACGGUGUGUCCAGGGUCGGUCAGCGUGCCGUGUAUGGUGUGUCCAGGGUCCGUCAGCAUGCCAUGUACGGUGUGUUUUGUCAAUGUUUGCUCAUUACUACUCUAAGGCCAUAUUAUUUAUCCCCUCGGGAAGACACUUUUUCAGAUUGUUUGAAUAAGGGUAAAAAGCGCCUCUGUUGAGGCUUUUUUAAUUACUCAAUUUCGAUACAACUUGGUCAGAAUAUAAAUCUUAGCAUUUUUAAAGUUUGAAUAUGGGUCAUGUCUGUAAUAAAAAAGUUAUUAGGCAAAAACACCUCUUCAGUAUUAAAUCAAGCUUAUGUCACAUGCGAGACAACUCUUAUAUUAAAUGUAGGAUUGAGGGAGUUACAUCGGUUUGUCUGCAAUAUUAUUCAUGAUAGUUCAGAUUACUUGUGUGUAUCGAUGGUGGUGUGUUAUUGUCAUUAAUUUUUAUGCAACCUUUUGCAAAAGGAAAAGCGAGCGUAAAGCUGUGGCAGUCUUAGUAUAAGCAAAAUUUCAGUUGCAGCCAUAAGUUUGCCAAAUAUUGACAGAUUUUGAAAUAACUUUGCAAAAAGGUCUACCAUCAUUAGACAUGUCAUGUGGAGCACCUGUCUCCCCACCUCAAAGGUCAAAGUCAUAAUUAGUGGUUGAAGGUCAAAUUUUGACAUAAACAGCUUGAAAAGUCCUGUCUCAGCCAUCACUUUGACAUUUUGCCAGAUUUUAUUAACAAAUUCAAUUGAUCAUAAGAGGAUGUGUGACGUGUAACACACAUCUUACUACUUCAAAGGUCAAGGUAUUUCUUAAAAGAUAACAUUUGGUCACAGCUUAUUCGUGCUGAAUCUUUGUCAAUAGUCAUGCAAUUUUAAGGAAAUUAGGCAAUAAGGCAACUUGCCACUAAUGACAACCAUGAGGACAUGGCGUUUCAUGUGUUAAACCUGUCUCUAUCUCAGAGGUCAGGUCGUAAUUAGAGGUCGGAGGUCAAAUUGUAAAUGAAAUAGCUAUAACAAGCUGUAGGUUUUUUCAUGCAUCAUUAAACUUUAAUAUCACAAAUUACUACCAUGAAAAGAGUUAAUGUGCAUGUAUCCCUGACCCAUAACCUCAAAGGUCAAGGUAACUUAAGAGUAAAACAAGUCAAAUUUCAGCAUGAAAAGCUUGUUUUCAAUAAGAGAAUUUUACACAAAAAUGGAAUGUAGGGGCAUCCUUGGCAUAUUGACUCUCUAACUUUGUACUUUCCUGCAGGUCAAGUCUUCAACAGUUGGUGUCUAUGAUCUCAGGUGAUUGUUUUGCCCUCUAUUUUUAUGCACCCCUUCGAAGAAGAGGGGGUAUAUUGUUUUGCACAUGUCUGUCGGUGGCACUGUCCACCAAAUGGUUUCCGGAUGAUAACUCAAGAACGCUUAGGCCCAGGAUCAUGAAACUUCAUAGGUACAUUGAUCAUGACUGGCAGAUGACCCCUAUUGAUUUUCAGGUCACUAGGUCAAAGGUCACAGUGACUCGAAAUAGUAAAAUGGUUUCCAGAUGAUAACUCAAGAACACUUAGGCCUAGGAUCAUGAAACUUCAUAGGUACAUUGAUCAUGACUGGCAGACGACCCCUACAGAUUUUCAGGUCACUAGGUCAAAGGUCAAGGUCACAGUGACUCAAAACAGUAAAAUGGUUUCAGGGUGAUAACUCAAGAAUGCAUAGGCCUAGGAUAAUGAAACUUCAUAGGUACAUUGAUCAUAAUUGGCAGAUGACCCUUAUUGAUUUUCAGGUCACUAGGUCAAAGUUCAAGGUCACAGUGACCUGAAGCAGUAAAAUGGUUUCUAACGUAUUCAUGCAAUGGCCAUUAAAACUGACAUCCCAUUUGGAGGGCAUGCGGGUUUUACAAACAGCCCUUGUUGUAAUAUAUAACACUGAUAUAACACUUCAGAUGUUAAAGUUUUUUACAUUUUAUUUCGUGUGCAAGUGUAUUAACGAUAACCUUGCAAAAUAGAGUUUAACAGAUAUUGGGUUCAGGGUAUUUUAAGCUGAACUUGCUUGUUGGAAGUUAUAAAUGUUGAUAAUUUUCAUUAAAUAAAAUAUAGCAAAAGUUA